AUGGUAUUUUUAUGUGAAAUGUUAAUAUUUUAUAAAAACUUUUUGAUCAUUACAUACAAGGAAAUUUAGUUUGUGUCCACUCUUAAUUAAAGUGUAGAAGUGGAAAGAGCAUUUUCUGCUGCUGCUGGCUACAUAUGUAGUUCUUUAAAAGUACUACACGCCCAAGCCAACUGUGAUCCCGAGGAGGGGAGUGACGGGAGCGCUAGUGUCGCAGUGAGAGAGGGGCUGGCAGUAGGGGAAUACCAUUAGCUGUGGAAGCAAGGAGUAUACACAUGCGUUCAUAAGUGUACGCAACAUGUAAGCAUGAUCACCUGGAUGUAACGAUGGCCGUGAAGCGCAGUCGUGCAGUAAGAAAUGUUGUGAUAAGCUGAAGGUACAGUUGUAUGAAACAGCAAAACACAGUGUCUACGAAGAUGUCACAGUGUCACAGCAUCACAUCGUACCGUUUGUGUUAUAAUAAUUAUUUCACUCAGCACCAUAUGUAACUUACAUGUCGGUAUACAUUUGCCUAUAAUGAAAGAAAAUAUUGUUUUCUGUGAUUAAUUAAUGAAAAAAAUGCAAGAAACAUUUCAUCACAGUUUCGUGCAUAGUGCACGUAACAAACGCCCACUCAGCCAUUUAGUUCUUCAAUUCCUGAUAUGUUGCCAUUGGAAUAUGUUAGUGGUGCACCGAUAUGACUUUACCGAUUACCGAUUAUGAGAGCAAUAAUCGGCAGGUACCGAUUCAGUUACCAAUUAUAAUGAACAAAUUUUUUUAAGUGUAAUAAUGCACACAAAUUUUUUUAAUCCCAUGUGAAUUUAAUAACAAGAUUAGGUAAAAUUAAGAAUACAGUUAUAAUAACAGUAUAAAAAUAUAUAAAAUACACUAUUAAGUCAUUGCAAAGUGUAAAUUAAAUGAACUUCUAUUUAUAUUUGUUAUUGUAAACAACUUGAACUACAGUCAAAUAAUUGUAAUUUACAAUGGGUAAGUUUUUGUUGCGGAAAACUAGCAUUAUUAUCGACUAUCACUAGGGACUAGAAAAUUUCGCGAUCGCGAAAUUUUCACGAAUUCGCGCGAAAUUAAGUGCAAAACGCGAAAAAUACCAUUUGUUGCGAAAAAAAAAACGAAAUUUUUACGAAUUUUAACAAACUAUGCGCGAAAAGGUUUAUUUAUUAUAAAUUUAGUAUCAUAAUCAUAAAAAUAAGUCGCAGUCACACGCAUCGACGCAAUUCACAAACAAUAUGUUCAUUUGAAUAAAAAAAUGUAAGGAAAUAAAUGUCCUAACCAAAAAAAACAUGAAGGGUAAAACUUAUAAUUAAUUAUUAUUAUGUAUUAUAAUAAUUUGCGAUGCUAAUCAUUGCUAAGUAAUUUACGAUUUUCUAUUUAUUAACUAACAUCCGCUUUAAAAUGAAACACUUAACGUGACGUUGAUUCAUUUUAAUUACCUAAAUAAAAGUCCGCCGGUGUAAACCAUUCCAUUCGCCAGUCAUCGCAGCCAAUUUUUUUGCUGCUAUGGCCUACGGAUAACGCUCCUAGCCAGUAACUUAAAUUCAUGAUUAUAAUUAACACGCCAUUGAGUGGGACUUUGGGACGUAAUUACGGAGAACAUAACAAUAAAAUUACUUAAUACAUCGGGCAAAAAGUGACGGUAAAAAAUGAUAAAAUUAUUUACAUGGAGACUGCAGGGGAUAUAAACACUUUUAUUUUUAAUUCCUUGGGAUCCAUGGAAGAAAAAAAAAAUUAACUUGAAAAAGAAUAGUUUUCACUGGUGUGCAACUGCUGCUGUCGUCAUGUUCACUUUGGCUUCUACUCCGACGGGCAAAUCGGCAAGUUAACAAGAUUAUUAAUUGAAUAGUGACUAGUGAGUGAGUAAAAAUGCGGAAUAAAUUAAGUGCAAGGGAUCGAGCAUUUCAGUAUAAGAAGGAGGGGUUUUACUGUACAGAUAAUAGCACGGUUAUGUGUAAGUUUUGCAACACGAAAGUUUUGUGGGAUCGAAAAGACACGAUUGAAAUACAUUUAAAGUCGGCAAAACACGUGGCGUCAUUAGCAGCAACAAAAGAAGAGACUACAAAACUACAAACAUAAGUUGCAUCAUGCUUUAAUAAAGUUGUCAAAGACAAAAAAUCGGCAGAUUAUCUUGGAAAACGUGUCACAGAAACAUUUGUAAAGGCUAACAUACCACUUGAGAAACUUAACAAUGAACACAUGGUGAACUUCAUGAAUGAAUUUAUUGAAGGAUCUGGCGCAUUGCCUUGUGUAAAGACUUUGCGAGAAAAGCACCUUCCCAGAUUAAAUAUGGAAAGGGAAGAAAACAUCAAGGAGAAGGUCAAAGGAAAGCACCUUGCGGUAUGCUGCGAUGAAACAACAGACAAACAAGGUUGGUGUGUUUUCGUUAUAAUCUUCAAGAUUAUAGAAGCCAGUCACCAAGUUGAAAUCGUAGUAGGUGAUGUCCACAUUCUUGAAACAGCUGAUGCAAAAAGUUGUUCAAGAGCUAUUCUUGAUUCUUUGAACAAAUAUAACAUUAGCUAUGACAGUGUCCUGGCCUUAGUAUCAGACUCAGCCCGAUACAUGGGGAAGUGUUUUGACACACUUACCAACUUGAUGUCGGACAAUGUUGUAGUGAUUCAGUGUUGGGCGCACAAACUCAAUCUGAUUUUGAAUGUUCUGGGAAAGCACCUUCCUGAACUUCAAAAUGCCACUUCCAAAAUCAAGAGUGCGUUCCUGAACACUCGAAAGAGAAAGCAUCUGUUCCGGCAAUUUCUGGAUGAUAAAUAUGAAGCUGGAAGGGUUCCACUGUUCCCAAUGCCAGUCCUCACGAGAUGGUCUUCGUGGUACGAGUCUGUAGCCUAUGUACCUGACUACAUAGAAGCUAUUGUUGAGUUCAUGAAGAGUGACGACAUAGCAUCAGUUAGCAAUGUUGGAGUUCAGUAUUUGGCAAGUUUGUCACAGGAACAGGUCCUUAAUGUUAAGGUGCAGGCUGCCUUCAUCAAAGAAACAGCAAAGGGAAUUGUUGACUUGACGAAGUUGUUGGAAGGGUCGUCAUAUCCUUGUAGCAACAUUUUGUGUGGUAACCUACGCAAAGUUGAGCAAGUUUUGCAGCUUGCUGAAGCAGGAAAUUUUGGCGAAGAAACAAGUUUAGCACUGCAGUCGUGUGGGAGAGAUGUUGCAAAAGCUCAGGUUAAAUCUGCCUUAGUAAAAGCUGCAUCACAUGGAUACACUAAGCUGCUAGCUUUAAUUUCAAGUGAUCCUGCAAGUCAUCUUUAUUCUGAACUGAGUGUUUUUGACCCUGCACAGAUUUUAACUACGGAAGUAACAAAAGAUCUUGGUAAAAAAUUGAAGAAAAUGGCAUUGUUCAAGGACUGCGAUGAAAGUCAAUUGCUUCAAGGCUAUAAAGAGCUUCAGUUCUUGGUGAAGAAACAGUUAGGAGACAAAAGUGAUGCAUCACUGGAUUUGAUUGCAAUAUUAUGUAUUGUCUCUUUCUGUAAAUCAUCCAGAAUUUUCUAAGGGUGCUUUGAAAAGUGUAUGGUUGCCAUGUGCAAAUGCAGACUGCGAACGAUUUUUUUCUAAGUACAGUUCUGUUCUAAGUGACCAACGACAGCGCCUUAAUGCUGAAAAUGUAGCUAUUCUCAGUGAAAUCUAUUUUGAAGGUUGAACACUGUUUUAGUGUGUUAGUUGUAUGCCAUGUCUAUGUGGUUAGUGUUACAUAUGUAUUCAACUUUGCAGCUGUAAAUAUUAUGUAUUGUGUUUUAUGAUCUGUGACAAGCAGGAAACUGAAUUUUUUUGAUAAGAGCAUUACUAACAAAUAUAGAAGCUAAAAUUAUGUACAGAUAUGACGAUAAGUAAUUAAUAAUUUCCUCAUUGUAAAGACUUUAAGAAUGUUUUUACAAUUAUCUCUGUAUCAAUAUAUAUUGUUCAUAUUAAUUUUGACUGUUAAUUUUGGGAAUCCACAAAAAAAUCACAUUGGUGAAAACACCGAAAUGAAAACACCGCUUUUAAGAAUUCAAACCACCGCUUUUUGCACUUUCAAAACGACGACAUUUUCCAGUCCCUAACUAUCACUUAAGGUUGCAUCGAGAAAUUACCGUUUAACAAUGUAAGCCUGUUGCUAUAUUUUGUUCACUUGAGUUUAUAGAAAAAUGUUUCCACACUUCACUUUUUUUCUCCCUAGUCGCCAUCUCACUAUAAUUAUAUAAAAAUGACUCAAAACCAAUUCUAGCACAUGUGAUUUUAUUAAUGUUGACUGAAUGUAUAAAAUUAUAAAUACUUUUUCACUUUUCACGUCACAUACAAAUAACACAACGGAUAAUGUUACCAAAGACGCCCAUAACGAGUUUGUAAUACCCAGUGAUAAACUCUGAAAGGUAUCGGGACCACGAUUUUGAACCGCUACGACUCGAAAAGAUCGAUUGUCAUAGAAUCCACUGCAACUGCUUGUGGUAUUUUGAUUGCGUGACAUCUAUUUUACGUCUCUGGCUAUAGGUAAUGUACAAGGCCACUAAACAAAAGACAGAACAAAAGACGAAACGUAAAUUAACGUGUAGGAAAAAUGGAAUUUUUUAUUGUUCGAGGCAAUGAGAUUUAUAAAACUUAACGAAAUAUCUGUAAUCUUGAUAUGACGGAGUUAGAUGAAUUUUGUAAUAUAUACAAAUAUUACCGUAUUUCGUCCUAAAAUGUGUAAUAUUACACAGUAAAAACAAAAACCUACUUAAUUACGCCGGGACGUAGAUAAUCGGCAAAGUAAUCGUUAAGAUAAUCACCGAUUACGAUUAAUCGGUAAGUACCCAUAAUCGCCGAUUACGAUUCAUCUGUAUCCGCAUCGGUGCACCACUUGAAUAUGUGCUGCUGUUGUCCGAAAAGUCCCAUUCACUGUCUGAGCUGGACUCGCCAAAGUUAACAACCAUUUUCUCAAUUUCGUGCUUCAUUAGACAGUCACCUGUCCAGUACUCUGCUUCUGUAUGUUUUAUAUGUAAAAUAGCAUUUUGCCAUUCUUCUUUGGUGACGCUAUUGAUUGCUUCUGUUGUGAUGUUUUCAAUGGUAAGUGAUGAUUGAGCGACAUUUUUUUCAGCAACACGUGAUUUCACAAUGUUCCAUACAUACUCUAUAGUGUUAAGCUCACAGUGGUAUGGUGGUAAUCUUCUCAUUUAUGCGAAACCUGGGACGUGGACGUCAACCACGAACGAGCUGGAGGAGUUCACAUUUUGUCAUAUCAUUGUCAUGCGGAAUGUUGUUGUUCUGUAACCAUUGGAUAUCUUGUUUUCUUGUAGCGGCUGUUGGUGUCUUAUUUAGCUUAUUUAACUGAACAGAAUGAUAAGGGGCAUUAUCCAUUACAACCAACAAAUUAGCAGGCAGAUUUGGAAUAAGCUUGUCUUGCACCCAUCUGGAAAAGUUUGCGAAGUUCAUCUCGUCGUGAUAAUCACCACUUUUACCUUUGGACUUGAAAAUGAGAUAUGCACCUGCAUAGUUGCCAACUCUCACGAUUUUGGCGUGAGGCUCACUAUUUGUAGGUAUAUGUCACGCCCUCACGAUUAAACAUUCCUUCCUCACUAUUGAACAUUCCUUCCUCACGAUUUUUCGUAUUUUUUGAUACCUUGUACAUUUACAUGUCAAUAGGUUGUAACUAUAUUGAUACAAUCAUAUCGCACUAGAUCGGUUGGAGAUAUAUCGCUUGCGACCUCGAUUCAAGAUCGAAUAACUUUGACCUGUUGCUUUUGAUCGUUAAUGGCGGCCGUGGUUGUUUCUAGUUGUAUUGUUGGUUAUAUAAUUGAUUAGCGUAUAUAUUCUUUGUUUUUGUAUUUAUGAUGUCGCAGUGCGGUGUGAAGAAACACUACAAAACAACUUUCAAGUUAUAUGCAGAAGAGUUUCCGCACAUCAUAUCGUCUCGUAAAGGUGAAAACUGUGCGUAUUGUAUUGCGUACCGUUGUGAUUUUUCACUCACGCAUGCUGGCAGAAACGACAUGGUUAAACACUGCCAAACAAAAAAACAUGUUGAUAGCGUAAAGUGCAUUGUUUCAAAUAAGAAGCUGAAUUAUAUUUCUGAUAGGUCUGAGAACCGUAAAAUUAGUGCAUAAUGUUUAUUUACGUCUUUUAUUGUGGAACACUUUGCCAAUUACUUGUGCUGAUUACGCGGGCUCGUUGUUCAGGAAAUGUUUCCGGACAGCGAAAUUGCACAAAAAAAAAUACAUCUGCGCAAGAACGAAAACAUCAGCUAUAAUGGCAGAAAUAGAAGAGGAAACUCGUGCAACUAAUGUUGAGAUCUUGAAAAGUGAAGUUCUUUCAGUGGUGACGGAUGGAAGCAAUCAGGGUGUUGCAAAGCUGUAUCCUAUCGUGGUUUCUUUCUAAAUCAAAGUGACAUAUUGACACACACAGAAGUGGCAGACAUGAACUCUAUUCGUACUGCUUCUUUCUGCAGUCUAAGGUUCUUCGUUGAAAAGUUUCCCAGCAUUGGGGUGAAGAAUGAAGACCAAGAUAUGGAUUCAGAAGUAUACUUAUUAGAAACAGUUUUGCUCUUUUCAGAUGCAAGAGAUACCAGAAGAGGUGGCAAAACAGAGCAGAAUUGAUAUGAAGUGGUCAUUGGUUGGACAAAUAAAAAAUCCAGACAAUACUUUAAAAUAUGGCAGACUUUCCAGGGCAAUGCUUGCCGUUCUCUGUAUCCCACACAGCAAUGCAGAUUGUGAAAGGAUUUUUUUAUAAAUUAAGAAAACAAGAACCCAAUUCAGAGCAUUAAUGUGUGAUGCAACUCUACAAAAAUUGAUCAAAAUGAAAUCAUAACACGGAGGACUUUGUUAUGAACAGAAUUUUGAUGCAAAUUUUUUAAAGAAGGCUAAAUGUUUGACAUGCAUGUCAUUGAAGAAGUGAAAAUUAUCUGCAUUUAAUCUGUGCUGAAAUACUAACCCAACCUCAAUUUCCAAUUUCAUAAUCAAAAUUAGUUUAAAGUUACAUUAUUUUUUGUACAUAAGGUUUUCUCUAACAAACUACAAAUGUAACCGAGUUAAAAUAACAUUAUUUUGUGUGCAGACCUACAUGUGAACUGUGAAGGUUUCCAUUUAUGAUCUUCUAAUGUAGGUAAGUUGUUUGCAUUUGUUCCUUUUGAUUGUUGGAAACAGUUUUAAGUGAUUGAUGUGUAAUAUGCAUUUAUACAUAUCAGUGCCUAUAAUGUUGUAUGUUGCUAGAUUAUUUAAUAGGGAUGGGACGAAUCCACAUUUUGGUCGAAUCCGAAUCCUUGAUUGAAUCCUCAGUGUUUGUCAUCGAAUCUCGAAUCCCAGUCCCACACUAAACUUCACAUAUUAAUAAAAAAAAUCACACAUUUAUUUUAAAAAAUUACAUAGGCCUAUGUAUUAAAAAAAUCACAUGUGUAUUUAUAAAAUUAUAAAAUAAGUGCAUAGUGUAUACACCUGAUAUAAAAUAGAGACAAAUAACCUCAAAAACCACACACGUAAGUUUGCAUCUGUCUAAUUCUCUGUUAAAUUCAUCCUUCCUAUGUUUUCAAUAAAAUACGUUUGUAUAACAGACACCAUUUAAAACAAGUUACUUUUUUUCUGCAAUGUUAUAUUAUUGAAGGUUGGAAAUGAUCGAGUAGUUAUGCUAAUUGACAAAAUGCAGCGUAGUUUAUCUUAUGUUUGUGCUAUUUCCGUUACCUUUAUAAUAUAGUUUAGGUAUACAAUUUUCUAGAGCUGGACAAACCUCAGUUCUCAUAUUUCGAACCGAACCAAACUCAAUCGAACCAUAGCAAAAAAAUUUCGAACCUCAUACAGAAAUAAUUGUUUUGAAUUAAAAUGAACCGACCACCAGCAUUUUGGUCUUUAACUGAAUGGUGAGAAAGAAAGGUUCUCCAGCCAUAUGUAAAAUUAAAACAUUAUAUAGCUUAGCUUUAUUAAAACAUUG